AGUGUCACAAUUCAAAUCAAUUGGAGAGGCGUCUUAAUAAACGCCCUUCAAAUUUCUCUCUUCUGACUUUCAAAAUCCCUAAAUCCCCGAUUUCGAUCUCUUUCUGUUUCAAUUUUUUGCGAAAAUGAGGGAGUGCAUCUCAGUUCACAUCGGACAGGCUGGUAUUCAGGUCGGAAACUCCUGUUGGGAGCUUUACUGUCUCGAACAUGGAAUCAAGCCUGAUGGCCAGAUGCCAAGUGACAAAACUGUCGGAGGAGGUGACGAUGCAUUCAACACCUUUUUCAGUGAAACAGGCGCCGGAAAACAUGUCCCCCGCGCCAUUUUUGUAGAUCUCGAACCCACCGUCAUCGACGAAGUCAGGACCGGAACAUACCGUCAACUUUUUCACCCGGAGCAACUCAUCAGCGGCAAAGAAGACGCUGCAAACAACUUCGCCCGCGGCCACUACACCAUCGGAAAAGAAAUCGUAGACUUGUGUUUAGAUCGCAUCCGAAAACUCGCCGACAAUUGCACCGGUCUUCAAGGCUUCCUGGUGUUCAACGCCGUCGGCGGCGGAACUGGCUCCGGUCUCGGCUCGCUUCUUCUCGAACGUCUCUCCGUUGACUAUGGUAAAAAGUCAAAGCUUGGGUUCACGGUGUAUCCGUCGCCACAAGUUUCCACCUCCGUCGUUGAGCCGUACAACAGCGUUCUCUCCACCCACUCUCUCCUCGAACACACCGACGUCGCCGUCCUCCUCGACAACGAAGCAAUCUACGACAUCUGCAGAAAAUCUCUCGACAUUGAACGCCCGACGUACACCAAUCUCAACCGGUUAAUUUCUCAGGUAAUCUCCUCCUUAACCGCUUCUCUCCGAUUCGACGGAGCUUUAAACGUCGACGUUACCGAAUUCCAAACAAAUCUCGUCCCAUACCCUCGAAUCCACUUCAUGCUCUCCUCCUACGCUCCCGUCAUCUCCGCCGAGAAAGCGUACCACGAACAAUUAUCUGUGGCGGAGAUAACAAACACGGCGUUUGAGCCGUCGUCGAUGAUGGCGAAGUGCGACCCUCGCCAUGGGAAAUACAUGGCGUGUUGUUUGAUGUACAGAGGUGAUGUUGUUCCGAAGGAUGUGAAUGCUGCGGUGGCGACGAUUAAAACGAAGCGGACGAUUCAGUUUGUGGACUGGUGUCCGACGGGGUUUAAGUGUGGGAUAAACUACCAGCCGCCGACGGUGGUUCCGGGAGGGGAUCUGGCGGAGGUGAAACGGGCGGUGUGUAUGAUUUCGAAUUCGACGAGUGUGGCGGAGGUGUUUUCGAGGAUUGAUCAUAAGUUUGAUCUUAUGUAUUCGAAGAGGGCGUUUGUUCAUUGGUAUGUUGGUGAAGGGAUGGAGGAAGGUGAGUUUUCGGAAGCGAGGGAGGAUUUGGCGGCGUUGGAGAAGGAUUAUGAGGAGGUUGGGGCGGAGUCCGGCGACGGUGAUGAGGAUGAGGGUGAGUAUUGAUAAUACAUGAUGAUGAUGAUGAUGAUGAUGAUGAUGAUGUGUUGUUAUGUAUGUCUUUUGAGUUUAUAUUGUUUAUGGAUUUGGAUUUGAUUUGUGGAGAUUGUUGGUGGGUUGGCUUUAAUUUGUUGAAUAUAAUUGUUUUUGAAAAAUUUAUUGGAUUA